AUGAUUUCUCUUCGUUCCUUGGCACCUCUUGUGCUGACAUUGCUUUCCAUCACGUUCACCACGGUGCAAGCCGGUGUGGACUUGUGUGGAGCACCUGGACGAUUGCCACCCAUGGAUCGAUUCGAUUGUUUGAUCCACCAAAACCCCAAUUUGAGCUGCGGGCAACUCUUCUUUCAAGUAGCGGCCAUGAACCCCAAUGCUUACACCAACCAAAUGUUGGGUUUGUUCGGAAACAUGUGCUGUAACGCCAAUGUUGCCAAGCAAUGCAUUGGACAUCCAGGAGGAAACCAAGGAGGUUCUGACACUAACAACAACAACAACUCCAACAACAAUGUCAACACGGUAGGAAGACCCUCUGGCUAUGGCGGAAGAGGUCCCAAUGGAACCUGUAACAUUUGCCAGAACGGUGGUACUUUGGACGAUACGUACAACGCUCGUGGACAAAAGCUUCAUUACAAUCUUCGUUACAUUGGCCGGGCCAACGCUGGUUUCUCGUGUCAACAAUUCGAUUGGUUGGGCAAGAAUGGUUACAUUCCCAACUUUAUGUGCGGGCCUGUCAUUAGCAUCCUUCCACGAUACUGUCCCGUCUGUUCUGGAGGUGGAGGUGCAUCGCAGCAACAACAACAACAAGUAGCCGCACCCCAGCAAACCCAAUCCUUUGGGGGAAGCGGUGAAAGUGGUUGUGGUCGAUACCGCAACAACAAGAAUGGAUGCAAAUCCGCUGGUUGCAAGUACAAUAAAAAGUUUGGAACUUGUAUUGCCAAGUAA